AAACACGCAGUAAGUGGUACGCUCCGCCGACCCUGCUCUGUAAUGGCGCAGCGCGGCGAGAUUGAACAGUGAAAUUCCUCUAAAUAUAAUAAAAAAUGACGCUGAGAGCGGUUUGGACAUGUUUAUCGGGACACACGUUCAUGUGAAGUUCUUUAGUUCUUCGACCGAGUGUGAAAAAACUUUGUGUUGAAGAUGACCUCCAUCAUCAAGCUGACUGCCGUAUCCGGCGUGCAGGAGGAGUCUGCUCUCUGUUACCUGUUACAGGUAGAUGAGUUCCGCUUUCUUUUGGACUGCGGCUGGGACGAGAGCUUCUCCAUGGACAUCAUAGAUGCUAUGAAAAGGUAUGUGCACCAAGUCGAUGCAGUGCUUCUCUCUCAUCCAGACCCACUACACUUGGGCGCUUUACCCUAUGCAGUUGGCAAACUGGGCCUCAACUGUACCAUCUAUGCCACCAUCCCUGUGUACAAGAUGGGACAGAUGUUUAUGUAUGACCUCUAUCAGUCUCGUCACAACACAGAAGACUUUUCCUUAUUCACACUAGAUGAUGUGGACUCAGCUUUUGACAAGAUCCAGCAGUUAAAAUACUCACAGAUUGUAAAUCUGAAAGGAAAGGGUCAUGGUUUAUCCAUCACUCCGCUUCCUGCUGGUCAUAUGAUUGGUGGGACCAUUUGGAAAAUAGUGAAAGAUGGAGAGGAGGAGAUUAUUUAUGCUGUGGACUUUAAUCAUAAGAGAGAAAUUCAUCUAAACGGUUGUUCCCUCGAGUCAAUCAGCCGACCCUCCCUGCUCAUUACUGAUUCCUUCAAUGCCACUUAUGUUCAGCCUCGCAGAAAACAGCGUGAUGAGCAGCUCCUGACUAAUAUUAUGGAGACUCUUCGUGGUGAUGGCAAUGUGCUGAUCGCUGUGGAUACAGCUGGACGUGUGCUGGAGCUGGCUCAGUUGCUGGAUCAAAUCUGGAGGACCAAGGAUGCAGGGCUGGGGGUGUAUUCCCUCACUCUGCUCAACAAUGUCAGCUACAAUGUUGUGGAGUUCUCUAAGUCCCAGGUGGAGUGGAUGAGUGAUAAGCUCAUGCGAUGCUUUGAAGACAAGAGAAACAACCCCUUCCAGUUCCGUCACCUCUCUCUGUGUCACGGUCUGUCUGAUCUGGCUCGAGUGCCCAGUCCUAAAGUGGUUCUGUGCAGCCAGCCUGAUUUGGAAUCAGGUUUUUCCAGGGAACUCUUUAUCCAGUGGUGCCAGGACUCUAAAAACUCCAUCAUUCUCACCUACCGCACCACACCGGGUACACUGGCCCGAUACCUUAUAGACAAUCCUGGAGAGAAGAUGAUAGACCUGGAGAUAAAGAAAAGGACCAAACUGGAAGGUCGUGAGCUGGAGGAGUACCUGGAGAAGGAGAAAAUGAAGAAAGAAGCUGCUAAGAAACUUGAACAAGCAAAAGAGGUCGAUGUGGACUCGAGUGAUGAAAGUGAUAUGGAGGAUGAUUUGGAGCAGCCUGCUAUGGGGAAGACCAAACACCAUGACCUGAUGAUGAAAGGCGAGGGGGGGCGCAAGGGAGGCUUCUUCAAACAGGCCAAGAAAUCCUACCCCAUGUUUCCUUCUCACGAGGAGAGGAUCAAAUGGGAUGAGUAUGGAGAAAUCAUCAGGCCAGAGGAGUUCCUGGUUCCUGAGCUGCAGGCUACAGAGGAGGAGAAGAGUAAGCUGGAGUCCGGUAUGGCUAAUGGAGAUGAGCCAAUGGACCAGGACCUGUCGGACGUCCCCACCAAGUGUACGUGCACCACAGAGAACCUGGAGAUCAGAGCUCGAGUCACAUACAUAGACUACGAGGGCCGCUCAGAUGGAGACUCCAUUAAGAAGAUUAUAAACCAGAUGAAGCCCAGACAGCUGGUCAUAGUCCACGGGCCUCCAGAGGCCAGCCAGGACCUGGCAGAUUCGUGUAAGGCCUUCUGUGGAAAAGACAUUAAAGUGUACACCCCCAAGCUUCAGGAGACUGUGGACGCCACCAGCGAAACACACAUCUACCAGGUAAGACUGAAAGACUCUCUGGUCAGCUCUUUGCAGUUCUGUAAGGCCAGGGACACAGAGCUGGCCUGGAUCGAUGGAGUGCUGGACAUGCGGGUGGUGAAAGUGGACACGGGGGUGCUGGCGGAGGAAGGAGACACCCGGGACGAGGCAGAGGAAGGAGAACUCUCCAUGGAUGUGUCGUCUGAGCUGGCGACUGAGCCCAGCGCCAUGGCAACACAGCGGGCCAUGAAGACAUUGUUCGGAGAGGACGAAAAGGAGAUUUCAGAAGAGAGUGACGUCAUUCCCACACUGGAGCCCCUACCUGCAACUGAGACUCCGGGUCACCAGGCUGUUUUCAUAAAUGAACCCAGACUGUCGGACUUUAAGCAGGUUCUGCUGCGGGAGGGCAUCCAGGCAGAGUUUGUGGGCGGAGUUUUGGUCUGCAAUAACUUGGUGGCCGUUCGCAGGACGGAGGCUGGUCGUAUAGGUCUGGAGGGUUGUCAGUGUGAAGACUACUACAGGAUCCGUGAGCUGCUGUAUCAGCAGUAUGCAGUAGUGUAGCAUUGUUUCCCUACAAAUAGCUCUCUGAUGGGGGCUAACCUGGGCCUCUCCAGCUGUCUGAACCCCAGACAUGUCCUUGUUUCUUAUUUUUGUAGUUUUUCUGAGUUUAUUUUUACCGCUGUUUACCCUGCAGAGCGUGGCAGAUGCUCACAGUCUGAGCUUGCUCAAGAGGACCUUGGAAGUCCUUAGAGAUGCUCUUCUGAACUCUAGAAGUCUAGAAUAUUUGUGUAGAGCAAGCAGUCAAAAGAAAAGAGGACUUCAGGAUGUUUUGUUUUUUAUGUUCUGUUCUUCUGAUAAAAAAUCUCUUUUUGAAAUGAAAA